GGAUUCAAAAUUCAGAAAACCGAUCAAGUGGCUCACCGCAGGCGCAGCUUUGCCCGUCAAUAGCAGCAGGUGCCUUGUCGUUUUCACCUGUUUUCAAACUCCGCCUUGCGAUUGGGGACGACGCCUAUUCAAAGCUCAUUAAAGCAGCACGGCAGCGUUUGCCAUUAGCUUUUUGAUGGUUAGAGUGGGGCAAAGAAAGUGUGUGAAAAACAGAGAGAGGAGCCGUAGAAGAGGUCAGAUUGCGCAGGAUCGAGCACGCAGAGGCAGCACGCAACUUUCGGCUAAGAUAGAACUGAUCCAGCAUCAGUCGGUCGUCAGUUGUGGCUCCUUCCUUUUGCCGCUCCCGUGCCCAGCCUGAGAAUUUUUUUCCCGUUUUUUCCUUUUAGUUCCGUUUUUUAUUUUUUUGGUUCUUUUCCUCCCCCUUUUUUUUUUUUUCCCCAACCUCCCCGUUUCUUUCUUCUAUCUCUCCCGCGUACGAACAUUUUCCUUUUAAUUCUAAAUUUUUUUGGUUUGAAUUAGAAUUUAUUUUGAAGUGUCCCGUUUAGGAAGGCGGAAAUUGUGCGUUGAUGGAUGGCCAGCAGCGGAAUAAUAAUGGGGAGGAAGGACAAACAGCCCCAAAAAAAAAAAAUAUCACGUCUCAUUUAGACGGCCUUGAGUGAUCUAGCGUUCGUCGUUAGUGUUAACGCGCGUGUGAAUGUCCCGUGACCUACGUUGUGUCUUACAAUCAUUUGUCGAGUGCGUCUCUGUGUGAAAAAAACAAAACAAACAAAAACUCAUUUAAAAACAAAAAAACAAACAAAUAUUAAGGGAAAAAAAAAGAGGGAUGGAAUUAAGUGCGCGUUUUUGAUGGCGUCUUGAUGGCUUUUCUUUGUGAUUUCAUCGACGGCAACGACUCGCCAGUCGACGACGGUCAUGGCAUACCAACGGCUCGUUGUAAUCAUUUCAAAGCUGUUGUUCUUAUUGGUAAUGGCCACCGCCGGCCAGCCGGAUCAAGGGGCCAGAGCGGGCCCUCGGCCUGUGCGUAUGCUGGCCGUAUUCGACGCGAGCGAAAUGGCAACAAUGGAGCGCGUCAUGCACAAAACGCUGAUUGCACUCAACAAGGAGAAAACGGCGUGGACAGCCGGAUGGAAUGGCCAAAACAGCGGGAUCGGUGCUGCUGCAGCUGCAGAUGUCAACAUCAGCACGUCGUCGGCCGGCCGGGGCCAGCGCAAGAAAUGGCUGGCCAGUGGGCGACGUCUAACAGUGGACAGUGUCACGUACUCGUCGCAGUGGUGGGUCAAUCAAACGGCAGACGAUCUCGAUCGCCUCAUCGCCUCUCAUCGGCCCGUCGCCAUCCUCGUCCUAUCGGCCGACGAUUACGCCGUCUUCCGUGUUGCCCUCGCCGCCUCGCCGUUCCAUCUGCCCGUCAUUGGAGCACGGGCGCAGCGCGGACUCGACGAUUCAUCCUUCCGGGGAGUUUCGCCGUUUUACGUCGGUCUCAAUCCUGGUCCCCAUCAUUUAGCGUCGGCCCUACACCACCUGCUGCUGGCCAACAAUUGGCUGCCCGUGACGCUGAUUGUCGACGAUUCAUUGGAUGCCCAGAAGAUCCGGCAAGUCGUUCAACGACAUCCGUCCAACGUCGGCAAGGUGAUGGUGGUGACGGUGGAUCGCGGGUCGGCGCCGCACCGGAUCCUGGCCCAGUUGAGCGGCAUCCAGCAGACGACGUCGCUGGUCAUCGCCUUUUGCUGCGAGCCGCGUCUGGCCUCGCUCAUCUUCCGCGAGGCCCGUCGUCUCAACAUGCUCAACGGCGAUUGGGUUUGGCUGGCCCUGGAGCAAGCCGUCGCGGGCUUCCAUCAUCACUGGACGGAUGGCUAUUCACCGGCCGCGGCUGGACGCUUGCCAUCGGUCGGAUGGACGGCCGAUGGGCAAGACGACGAAGACGACUGGCCACUUGGUUUGCUCGGCCUCGUGUCUCAGCAACCGCUGCGCCUGACCAAGCACACGAUGAAAGGCUCGCUGGCCAUCAUCCAUUCGUCCGUCAGGGCCAGUCUGGCCGUCCAUCAACUGCAAACGUGGCUGGAAUCGUGGACGAACGAGACUAGCGCCACUCAUAACAUCCAACGGCUGCAAGUGGCUAAACAAAUGGACAGCGAGAUCCGAUGGAGAGUCAAAGAAGCGCUGGCCGGGCGUCUGACCUACGACGGAGGCGGUAAAAUCGACUCGGCUCUUCGGGCCAACUUUGACGUCAUCAAUCUCGUCCCGGCUGGACCUUUCUAUCCGAAGAGCAGCAGCAGCAGCAGCAGCGCGAGUAAUACGAAUGGCGUCGGCGCCAAAUCGACCAAGACAUCAGCAUCCUCUUCUUCUACUUCCUUGGCUUUGACGAGACGACGAAGACACUCCUCCUCCUCCUCCUCGACAUCCGACAAACAUUUUGGCAACGCCACAGCGGAAUUGGCGGAUGAAGACGAUGAGGAUCUGCAGGAUGAAGAAUAUGCAUCGGCAGCGGAGGAGAGCAACGUCGAUGAAUUGGAUGUAGACCAAGACGAUUCGGAUGGACGAAACAACGGCCAGCCUGUCGUCAUAUCGACGGGCGCUGCUGACGAUGCGAGUCUUUUAAACGAACCCAUCGCAGCCAAAGAUCCUCUCCGUGCGCCCGUUUGGCAGUCGGUGGGCAACGUCUCUGGCCAGGCCGUCACUUUCAAAGGAGUUCAAUGGCCCGGAGGCGGACUGGCCGGCCCUCGGUCGCACAGCCGACGAGUCUACCGAGUGGCCACCAUUUUCUCGCCGCCUUUCGUGAUGGAGACGGAAGUCUUUAAAGAGGACGACGAAGAGGAAGAAGAGCAGCGCUGCCUGACGGGCGUCCCUUGUCUCCGCGUCGCCACCGGGCAAAAGGACGAGCUGGCCCGCAUUUUCGGCGACUACGAAGGCGCCCAGCUGCACAAGGGCCGUCUCUACAAUUUGACUUGCUGCUACGGCUACUCGAUCGACCUCAUGGAGAACGUGGCCAGCGACCUGGACGUCAAGUUCCAGGUCUACGUCGUCGCCGACGGACAGUGCGGCGCCAAGAGGCAAGUGACGGGCAAGUGGGACGGCAUCGUGGCCGAUUUGCGCUCCGGCGCCGCCCAUCUGAGUUUCGCCCCGUUGAGCGUCACUUCGGCCCGGAGCGAAGCCAUUGAUUUCUCCAUUCCGUACUUCUACUCGGGGCUGUCCAUCUUGCAGGCCAGCAAGAUCAACAACGACGACGUCCCCCUGCUGGCCUUCCUCAAACCUUUCCGUCCCGAUCUGUGGAUCGGCAUCUUCGUCAGCCUCAACCUGACGGCGCUGGCCGUGGCCGUCUACGAGUGGCUGAGCCCGUUCGGCCUCAACCCGUGGGGCCGCCAGCGGACGAAAAACUUUAGCCUUGCCUCGGCCCUUUGGGUCAUGUGGGGCCUCCUCUUUAGCCACUUGGUGGCCUUUAAAGCGCCGAAAUCGUGGCCCAACAAAUUCCUCAUCAACGUCUGGGGCGGCUUCAGCGUCAUCUUCUUGGCCAGCUACACGGCCAACAUAGCGGCCUUGUUCGCCGGCGUCUUUUCCGAGACGUCCGUCGCCAACUUUCACGAUCCGCGCCUGUUGAGCCAGAAAGUGGGUACAACACGCAGUUCGGCUGCCCAGCAUUACGCCCAGAAAACGAACCGUGGAUUGGCUGAGCAUUUGGAACGGUUCACCGUGCCCAACCUGGAAGAAGGCAUCGCCCGACUGAGGGACGGACGGCUGGAUCUGCUCAUUGGAGACACGCCCAUACUGGACUAUUACCGGGCCAACGAUCCCGGCUGCACGUUGCGAACGGUCGACGUCAUCGAGGAAGACAACUACGCCGUCGGCAUGACCAAAGGCCUCCGAUUGCAGACGAGCAUUUCCUCGCUCAUUUCCAGCUACUCGACGUCCGGCUACAUGGACGAGUUGCGCAGCAAAUGGUACAGCUCCCUCCCUUGCUCCCGUUCGGCUCACGACGCUUACAAACCUCAGCCGCUGGGCGUGUCGGCUGUGGCGGGUGUUUUUAUCCUUUUGGGAUUCGGCAUCCUCGGCGGAUGUCUCAUCCUCGUGCUGGAGCAUCUCGUCUACAAGUUCGCCUUGCCCGUCCUCCGCCGACAGCACAAGGGCACCAUCUGGCGGUCGCCAAACAUGAUGUUUUUUAGUCAAAAACUGUACCGGUUCAUCAACUGCGUCGAACUGCUGUCGCCUCAUCACGCGGCCAAAGAAUUAAUGCACAGCCUCCGUCAGGGACAAAUCACCUCCUUGUUCCAAAAGAGCGUCAAGAGGAAGGAAAAUGAACAGAAACGCAGACGCAAAAGCAAAGCGCAAUUUUUCGAAAUGAUACGCGAGGUGCGUCGCUAUCAGCAGGAAGAGAAAGAGACGGAAGUGGCCGACGAUGAAGAGGACGAAGAAGAAUACGACCACCAUCACAGGGUGGCGGACGAAGAGGCGGGCGAAGGUGUGGCCGACGAUGACGAAGAAAAGAAGAGGCCCGAAUUGGCACCUCCGCCUCCGGCCGAUUACGGAGACGAUUGCGCAGACGAUGCGAUGAACGCCGUCGUUGUUCUCGCCCGGCAAACGCCUUGCAGCGAUGAUAUCGCCAUCUAUAACACUCACAUGCCUAUCGUGGCCGAUAGCGCGUUCACCCUUGAUCCUGCUCCGUUAGCAUCCAGACUGUCGGAUAGCGAAAGGAAAUGGAAAAUGCAAAUGGCUCAGAGGCGUCGAUCGUUUAGCGCCGACGCUCUGUGUGAACCCGGCCACAUCCAUCAACAAAGACGUCGUCAAGGUGUGCGAUUCGCCGAAAGCAGUGCGAGUAGCAGCAGCAACAACAGUAGCGAGCAGAGCCUGAGCCAGUUGGAAGAUGGCGUUGGCGGCGCUGCUGCUGGCGGAUGGGACACUAGCGAAGACAAUUCGUCUUUGCUCUGCUCCAUGGUGGACCGAGCGACGUUGAACAAACUGACCAAAGAGGAUCUGCUCUUAUUGUGGCAGGCGGCCGAGUCCGAAUGGCUGGCCAAAGUCAGAGCCUUGCGCAAACAGCGCGACAUCCUCCAGUUGCGCUACCAGCACGCCAAGGCCGAACGCCAAGUAGCCAAUCCUUAUCAGGCUCCGCCAACACCUCCGCUUCCCACCAUGAAGUUUUAAAAAAGGUAUAUACAUAUAUAUAAGAAAGAAUGAAAAAUCCAAUUAACCAUAUGCAAACAACGAAUAGCCACAAACAUUAGUAGCAAUCCCCCCCCCCCCUUUUUACAAUCCUUUCCGAAUUUGACUUGUCACUUUAAAACGGCCUGCAUUGACGAGGCAGUUAGUUUGAUAUUGUAAAAAAAAAAAAAAAAAAAAAUAUUCAUUAUUAUUAUUACCUUUACGUAAUGAAGUUAGUUGAUUUUAAAUAGGUAGGAGUAGAGGAGAGUUUUAAUGAUAACAAUUUUUGUAGGUUAAAAUAAUUGAUAGGGAAAAAAAAAGAAGGAAUAUUGAUUUUCUCUUUUCCUUGCCAGUUCAUCCUUUCUAAUUCGUAAUUCCAGUAGCUUAAAUGGCGAUUUGUAUAAAUUUAAUUUUGCAACACAUAUGUUUUUGUAUUUGAUUAAUUGGACGUCGAUUCAGCGGCCACGUUUUUAUUAUUGUUGGUUAUUAUAAUCUAAUAGAAGAACGCGUGCGUGGCUGAUUGAGUGCCUGUCUGUGUGUUACAUGCCGUUAAGAUUGUUGGACAUUGGAGAGACAGCGAGUGCCUCUUGUUUCUCUAGAUAUGCUUGGAACGCGCUCCUCCUUUUCCUUAUAAUGUCCCUAAUAAUUUUAUUUGAUGAAAAAAAAAGAAGAAAGACAAAAAUCGAUAACUUGGUCUAGCUUCUCUUCCCGAGGGCACUUAAAUAAAAACCACAUACGUUAAAAAAAGAAAAAAAAAUACUUUAAAAAAAGAAAUUUAAAAAAAAAAAAAUGAAAUUUGCAAUAUUUUGGACGAGCUUUCAGAUGCUCCUUUGAUCUCCAGUCUAUUUAUAGGACUUAUUUAUAAUUACGUUUAAAACAAUAUUAAUAAUAAUGAUGACGAUAUGCGCUGAAUAACAGACGACAAGUAAAUUUCGAUCCGACGUAUUUGAACUUGUACAUUUGCAAACAUUAACAGAAAAUAAGGCAAUUUGAAUAUACU